AUGCAUAAACUAAUCAUUGACUACAGAAAGAAAGGACUAGGUCUCCCUGACGAAGCAAGGAUCGUACAAGCCGAAAAGGACCUUGAUACAGUCCUCGCUAUUUAUGAAAGUAUUUUGGGCAAACAGAAAUAUCUUGCUGGAGACGAAUUGACUUUGGCUGACCUCUUUCACUUGCCUAAUGGAGCGGCUUUGAAGGCUGGUAAAUGGAAGGAGGUGUUUGAAAAGUAUCCGAACGUGGACAACUGGUUUAGGGAAUUACAAGAGAGAGAGACCUGGGUGAAGGCUGCCGCAGAGGCGGGAACGAUACCAUAA